AUGGAAGCUUUGGGUGUAAUCUGGGAAAUCGCUAAAAGUUUGUUCAGUUGCACAAAAGCACAAGCUGCCUAUGUUUAUAAGCUGCAGGAAAAUCUGGAAUCAUUGAUGAAAAAAUGGAAAGAUCUUGAAAACAAGAAAAAGGAUGUGCAAACAGAAAUUGAUAGAGCUGAGAGCACAGGAGUCAUGAAAAGAUCUAAUGAAGUGAUUGGUUGGCUACAUGAAUUUCAAAAUUUUGAAGAGAAAAUGAAAGACAUUCCCAAUUCUCAAGAAGUUCAAAGUAACCAAUGUUUGAAUGGUUAUUUGCCAAAGAAUGGUGUGUCAAGCUACAAGUUAGGGAAAACAAUUGUUAAGAGGCUUGAUGACAUAAACGGCCUGCUAGUUAGAGCUGGGAAUAUGCAGAUUGCUCUGAAGCAACCACCUAAACCUAUAGAUGAGAUGCCUUCUAGUGAGACUAUAGGUUUAGACGUUAUGGUUCAGAAAGUAUGGAAUUCUCUUCAGGAUGACACUGUUGCUGUAAUUGGUUUAUAUGGAAUGGGUGGGGCUGGAAAAACAACUCUUAUGAAAAGAAUUCACAGUGAAUUACAAACGAGGGAUCAUAGUUUCGAUCUAGUAUUAUGGGUAGUUGUUUCUAGAGAUUGUGAUAUCAAUAAACUAAUGAAUGACAUCGGCAAUAAAUUAGGAAUUGAGGAAGGUUUUUGGAAUAGAAGUGCUACAGACCAAAGAGUAGCAAAGAUUUAUGACCGAUUGAAAGGAAAAAAGUUUUUAUUGAUGUUAGAUGAUUUGUGGGGAAAGCUAGAACUAGAAGCAAUAGGAGUUCCUGAUCCAAAAAAAAAUAACAAAUCAAAAGUAAUGUUUACAACACGAUCUGAAGAUGUGUGUGCUAAAAUGCAAUCUCAAAAGAAAUUCAAAGUGGAAUUAUUAUCAGAGAAAGAUGCAUUUGAUUUGUUUUGUAACAAAGUAGGUGAUGAGACUCUAAAAUGCCACACGGAGAUCCCAAAGAUAGCACAUGAAAUGGCUAAAGAAUGCAGAGGAUUGCCGCUAGCAUUAAUCACUGUGGGAAGUGCCAUGGCUGGAGUGAAAAGUUUUGAAGCUUGGAUGGUUGCGAAAAAUAACUUGAGGAGUUCUCAUUGGACAGCCUCAGAUUUAGAGGAUAAAGUUUUUCAUAUUCUCAAGUUUAGCUACGACAAACUUCCUGAUGCACAUAAAAAUUGCUUCUUGUACUGCGCACUAUACCCAGAAGAUUUUGAAAUAGACAUUAAUGACCUUAUUGAUCGAUGGAUCGCUGAGGAAUUUCUCAAUAAAGAUGAUAUGAGUAUAUAUGAUAUGUACAACCAAGGUAAGUCUGUUAUUGAAAAAUUAAUACUUUCGUGCCUAUUAGAGGAGAGGAUUCGUACCAAUCGUAGUCUUUAUCAUAGAAGGAAUAUUAGGACAGUUAAGAUGCAUGAUGUGAUUAGAGAUAUGGCAUUAUGGUUAGCUCGAGAUGAAGACGAAAACAAAGACAAAGUUGUAGUUCAGGGAAAAGUAUUUUCCAUGUCAAAAAUGGAUUCUAAAAGAUUGAAUGCUGUUGAGAGGAUUUCAGUGAUAACUGAUGAGGAUUGUAAUAAAAACUGGAAUUUUCCAGCUUGUCCAAAUCUCAUCACUGUUUGCUUACGCAUUAAACACUUGUUCUUCAGUUAUAAUCCUACUUCUUCAACAAAUUUACAGUUAUUGAAAAGGUUGAGAGUAUUGGAUAUAUCAUAUACUGUAUUUCUUCAGCAAAUCUCCCCUGAAAUAGGUGAGUUAAUCAACUUGGAGUUCCUUAACAUUUCAGGAACAUCAGUAUCUUCGUUUCCCAUUGAAUUCAAGAAGUUGCAAAAUUUGAGGGUAUUCCUUAUGGAUGAUAUGAGAUCCUAUGAUGCUGAGGUCAGUCCAUUGGCAGUGAUAGAAAGUCUUGAACAAUUAAAGGUGUUUAGAUAUAGCACAAUUCAUCUAUAUAGCCGUGUUGUAGAAAGAGAAAUAUCAUUACUAGAGAAAUUGGAAUCCUUGCCAAAUUUGGAGGAACUGAGCAUCGAAUUAACUAGCUUCACUAGUGUGCAAAGACUAUUUCACUCCACCAAAUUACGAGGUUGCUCUCGACAUCUUAGGCUUUUUUGGAAGGAAGUAGACUCAGUUGAAAUGUCAUCAUUAUUAGAACCCUUGUCAAAAAUGACUCAUUUGGAAUGCAUAAGUCUUACAGCACCAUACAGCCUUGUGGAUGGUUCAUCGGUCCCUGGGAAAUGCCAUCUUGGCAAGCUUCAACAAGUGCGCAUAGGUGCUUGUUAUUCAAUUACUCAUUUGACCUGGUUGAGGUAUGCUCCGCUUCUCGAGUAUCUUGUUGUUUAUGAUUGUUUUUCAGUUGAACAAAUCGUGAAGGAAACCAAAGAUGACGAAGAUGUUGGCUCAGAAUUUAAGAAUGAUAAUAUAUUCUCAAAUCUUAUACAACUUGAACUUUCAAAGAUGCCAAAGCUAGUAAGCAUCCACAAAAGAGCUUUGGCUUUUCCUUCCCUAAAACGCAUUCGUGUAACUGAUUGCCCCAAUCUGAGGAAGCUUCCUUUCAACUCCACCUUUGCUUCCAAAGACAACUUGGUUGCAAUCCAAGGAAGGAUCAAGUGGUGGGACAAUUUAGAGUGGGAUGACACAAUUAUCCAACACUUACUACGUCCUAAAUUUCAAACAUGGCUACGCUGGUGA